AUGAGUACUAUCUACCAUUUCAAGACCAUGCCUAUUUCUUCUCCAAAGAGCUACCCGAAGAGAAUAGCAAUUGUAGGGGACCUUGGUCUCACGUACAAUACCACUUCCACAGUUAGCCAUUUGAUGGGGAACGAUCCAAAUCUUGUUCUAUUGGUGGGAGAUGUUACGUAUGCUAAUUUGUAUCUCUCAAAUGGUACUGGUGCAGAUUGCUACUCGUGCUCAUUUUCUGACACUCCGAUACAUGAGACCUAUCAGCCUCGGUGGGACUAUUGGGGAAGAUAUAUGCAGCCGCUGGUAUCCAAAAUUCCUAUCAUGGUGGUGGAGGGGAACCAUGAGAUAGAAGAACAAGCUGAAAAUCAGACAUUUGCAGCCUAUCGUUCUCGUUUUGCAUUCCCGUCAAAAGAAAGUGGAUCAUCAUCCCCAUUUUACUAUUCUUUUAAUGCGGGAGGCAUACACUUCAUCAUGCUCGGGGGAUAUGUCGCCUAUAAUAAGUCAGAUGAUCAAUACAAGUGGUUGGAGAGGGACUUGGCUAAUGUUGAUAGGACAGUUACUCCGUGGCUGGUUGCCACUUGGCAUCCACCUUGGUACUCUACUUACACGGCACACUAUCGAGAGGCUGAAUGUAUGAAGGUAGCGAUGGAAGAGUUGCUGUACGAGUAUGGUGUCGAUUUAGUUUUCAAUGGACAUGUUCAUGCCUACGAAAGGUCAAACAGAGUCUAUAACUACACACUGGAUCCUUGUGGUCCAGUCUAUAUAACUGUCGGUGAUGGUGGAAACCGUGAGAAGAUGGCAAUUGAACAUGCUGAUGAGCCAGGGAAAUGUCCUAAACCAGAUAGCACACCGGACAAAUUUAUGGGCGGAUUCUGUGCUUAUAAUUUUACAUCAGGUCCAGCAGCUGGUAACUUCUGCUGGGAUCAGCAACCUGAUUAUAGUGCAUACCGAGAAAGUAGCUUCGGCCAUGGAAUACUAGAGGUGAAAAAUGAGACACAUGCUCUAUGGACAUGGCAUAGGAAUCAGGAUAUGUACAAUAAAGCUGGAGAUAUAAUUUAUAUAGUCAGGCAACCUGAGAAAUGCCCUGUUAAACCAAAGGUAUUUUCUUAAAAUGGAAAUUAUGUAAUUUCCGCGGUGAUAUCAAAUAGAGAAGCCGAUGAUGGGAGACGGAAGCAAACGGAUUAGAGACAAUGUACCAGCUUUGUAGCUUAUUAAUAAUAAAUAAUAAAAAUAUAAGGAAAUUCAGAAAUA